CCUUUCUUUCACCCUACCUCUCUCCCGCUCAUUCGAUCGACGAGAAGAGGCGGGAGCAAAGCAGCAAGCAAGAUGACCACGAAACAACGGCCGACGCUCUCCCAAAAGGAGUGGGAGAAAAAGCUCAACGAGGUGCCCGUCAGCAAAGAGGACCUGAAUCGCCUCGUGAUGGACUACCUCGUCAUUGAAGGAUACAAGGAUGCUGCCCAGAGGUUCUCAGUCGAGACUGGCAUGAGCCCUCAAGUCGACCUGGAGAGCAUCGAGAACCGAAUGAUUAUUCGGAGUGCCAUCCAGAGGGGAGACGUUGAGGAUGCUAUCGGGAGAGUAAAUGAACUGGAUCCAGAGAUCCUCGACACGAAUCCCCUCCUCUUCUUCCACCUCCAGCAGCAACGACUCAUCGAGCUCAUCCGAUCUAACAACAUCAACGAGGCUCUGCACUUUGCUGCGGAGGAGCUAGCACCCCGAGCUGAGGAGCACCCGGACCUAUUGCCCGAGCUGGAACGGACCAUGGCUCUGCUGGCCUUUGACAUUCCCAAGCUCUCCUCCCCUGCCGCAGCAGCCAGUGCGCCAUCGAAUGGCACCACGUCCAGCUCGAAGAAGAAUGCUACCCUCGAAGCUCCGCCCAGUCUCGUCGAGCUCCUCACACCCGCCCAGCGGCUCAAGACUGCUGGCGAACUCAAUGCCGCGAUUCUCACGAGCCAAUCACAGGGAAAGGAACCGAAAUUGCCCCAGCUUGUUCGUCUGCUCGUGUACGGCGAGGGACUACUCUCGGAGGAGAAAAUGAACUUUCCAAGGCUGGACCUUGCGGGCAGUCUGGAGCUGAGCAAGGCACCAGCUGCCAUGACUGCGACGACAAUGACGACGACACGCGACGAUGAAGCAUUCUGACCUUUUUCUCUUGGCCCUUCUCUCUUUCUGUCGUUGUACUGGUCACGAUCGAUUCAUUUCAUAUCCCGGAUUGGCUACCCUGUACGUAGUGUCCCCUAAGCCCCAACCAUCGACUAUAUCAUAUCUCGUACACUUCAC